AUGAAGGUGAUUGGACUUUUAUUUUCUUUCGUUUUUUUUGCUAUAAAAUGCAAAUCUGAAACAAUUGAAGUUUAUAAUGAUCUCAUUCAAAAGUUAGAAAAAUUAGAAUCAUUGUCAGUGGAUGGGUUAGAACUAUUUCAAAAAAGUCAAGUAAUUAUAAAUGCAACACAACCAACUGAAACUAUUGAUCCAUUUACAAAUCAUAACUUUGCACAACAAGUACAAGAUUUUGUUACAAAAUUUGAAGGAUUAGGAUUUACAGAACAAACAGAAUUAGUCAAUUUAAUAAAAGCAUUAACCCCAAAUAGAUAUGGAGUAAAAUAUUUAAUUGAAAGUAAAGAAGAAUUUAAUGGAUUAAUGCACGCAAUAAAUUUUUAUUAUGAUGUACUUAGAGAUAAAUUAAAUGAUAUGUGUGCAAAUAAUUAUUGUGAAAUUCCUGAACAUCUUAAAAUUAGUGAAGAAGAAACAGAAAUGCUUAAAAAAGUAAUUUUAGGUUAUAGAAAACCAAUAGAAAAUAUUCAAGACGAUAUUGAAAAGUUAGAAAUUUACAUAGAAAGAAAUAAAGAAACUGUUGCAGCUUUAAACGCUCUUAUUGCUGAAGAAACAAAAAAAAUACAACCUGAAGGUAACGAAGAUUGCAAUGACGCUAGUUGUGAUAGCGAUAAAUAUAAUAAAAAAAAACCAAUAUACCAAGCUAUGUACAAUGUUAUAUUUUACAAAAAACAAUUAGCUGAAAUACAAAAGGUUGUCGAAGUCUUAGAAAAACGAGUUUCUACAUUAAAGAAAAAUGAUGCCAUCAAACCAUUAUGGCAACAAAUUGAAGUUCUCAAUGCUGCCCCCGUCGUCACUGCCGAAACACAAAUAGUUACAGGAGGACAAUCUAGUACAGAACCAGGUAGUGGUGGAUCAAGUGCAUCGGGAACAAGUUCAUCAGGACAAGCUAGUGCAGGAACAGGUGUAGAACAAGCUAACACUGUAGCAUCUGUUACAGUAACACCUAGUGUAGGACAAAAUGGUGAAGCAUCAACUAAUCCACAAACAGCUCAAGUGCAACCCGUUCCAACUCUUACAUUAGAAGAAAAACAGAAAAAAAUAGCCGGACUUUAUGCUCAAAUUAAAGAAAUUGCAAAAACUAUAAAAUUCAACUUAGAAGGAAUAUUUGUAGAUCCAAUCGAAUUAGAAUAUUUCAAAAAAGAAAAAAAAAAAGAAAGUUGCAAUUUAUCAACUUCAUCCUGUAAAAAAAAUAAAGCAUCCGAAACUAUAAUACCAUUAACUAUACGUUAUCCAAAUGGUAUUAGUUACCCAUUACCUGAAAAUGAUGUUUACAAUAAAAUUGCCAAUAAUGCCGCUGAAACAACAUAUGGUGAUUUGACACAUCCCGAUAAUACACCAUUAACAGGAGAUUUAGCCACAAAUGAACAAGCCAGAAAAGAUCUAAUAAAAGCUAUUAAAAAGAAAAUAAAAGCAGAAGAAAAAAAAUUAGAAACAUUAAAAACGAAUUAUGAUAAUAAACUUACAGAAUUUAAUCAACAAAAAACUCCAUUCAAAGAAGCAGCUAAAGAAUUUUAUGAAUCAAAAUUUAGAAAUAAAUUGACUUCUGAAAUUUUUGAAAAAUUCAAAACAAAAAGAGAUGAAUAUAUGACCAAGAAAACCGAAUUAAACACUUGUGAAUAUGGAAAUACUAAAGAAUUAAUUAAUAAAUUAAAUAAACAACUUAAUUAUUUACAAGAUUAUUCAUUAAGAAAAGAUAUAAUUAGUAAUGAAAUUGAAUAUUUUUCAAAUAAAAAAAAAGAAUUACAAUAUAAUAUUAAUAGAUUAGCAGAAGCUGUUCAAGCAAAACAAAAUGUAUUAGUUGCAUCAAAAGAUGUACCACUUUCAACACUUGUAGAAUUGCAAAUACAAAAAUCUUUAUUAACAAAACAAAUUGAGCAAUUAAAUAAAACUGAAGUAUCUUUAAACAAAGCUCAAUUAAAAGACAAACUAUAUGUUCCAAAAACAUACGGUAAUGAAGGAAAACCAGAACCAUACUAUUUAAUAGCUGUAAAAAAAGAAGUUGACAGACUUGCCCAAUUUAUUCCAAAAAUCGAAAGUAUGAUUGCUAAAGAGAAGGAAAGAAUGGAACAAGGACCUGCAAUUACUGGAGAAUCUGAAGAAGUACCAUCUGGCCCUAGUGCUGAAUCAUCAACAGAUAGAUCAACACAAUCUUCAACAUCCUCAUCCUCAUCCUCAUCUUCAACCCCAGCAGCAGCAGAAUCCUCCUCAGCCACAUUACCAGAAGCACCCGCACCAGCAGAAGCAGCAUCCCCAUCAACAGAAGCAUCAGAAGAAACAACAAUACCCCCUACCACACAAGAAACACAACCAUCACAAGCUGCAUCAUCCACAACACCUGCAAAACCAGUUAUGACAAAAUUAUAUUAUCUUGAAAAAUUACAAAAAUUUUUAGUAUUCUCAUAUUCAUGCCAUAAAUACGUUUUACUACAAAACUCUACCAUAAACAAAGAUGCUUUAAGCAAAUAUGCUCUUACAUCUGAAGAAGAUAAAAUAAGAACAUUAAAAAGAUGCAGUGAAUUAGAUGUAUUAUUAGCUAUUCAAAAUAAUAUGCCUACUAUGUAUUCACUUUAUGAAAGUAUAGUUGAUGGUUUACAAAACAUUUAUACUGAAUUAUAUGAAAAAGAAAUGAUGUAUCAUAUAUAUAAAUUAAAAGAUGAAAACCCAUCUAUUAAAUCUUUAUUGGUAAAAGCUGGCGUCAUUGAACCAGAACCAGUAGCAGCACCAACACCAGUAACUCCAGCAGCAACAGAACAACAACAACAACAAGCAACACCUGAUGUACAAUCAGAUGCACCAGCACCAUCAGAUGUCUCGCAACAACCAGAAACACCAGUAACAUCCACGACACCAGAGGUAACAACCUCAACAGAAGCAUCAUCAUCAGCACCUGGCGAAGGUACACCAUCAGGAGAAGCAGGAGCAUCAGGAACAGAAGGAGCAACAGCAUCUAACGCAGCCACACCAGCAGGAACAUCAGCAUCAGGAUCAGCAGCAUCUAACGCAAGUACAACCUCAGAUGUAACACCCCCAGCAGCAGCGGCAGCAGUACCAUCAACAUCUACACCAGCACCUGCACAACCACCAGCAGCAAAUUCUCAAUCAGGAAACCCUGACUCAGGUAUUAGAUCACGAGCAGAAAGUGAAGAGGAUAUGCCUGCCGAUGAUUUUGAAUUAGACAAUUUAUACAAAUCUUACUUACAACAAAUUGAUGGAAAUAAUACUGAAUUCAUAAAUUUUAUAAAAUCUAAAAAAGAAUUAAUAAAAGCAUUGACACCUGAAAAAGUUAAUCAAUUAUAUCUUGAAAUCGCUCACUUAAAGGAAUUAUCAGAACAUUAUUAUGAUCGUUAUUCUACAUAUAAAUUAAAAUUAGAAAGAUUAUAUAACAAACAUGAACAAAUUCAACUAACCAAUCGACAAAUUAGAGAUCUUAGUAUAUUGAAAGCACGAUUAUUAAAAAGAAAACAAACUCUUAAUGGCGUAUUUUAUAUAUUAAAUGGUUAUGUAAAUUUCUUUAACAAGAGAAGAGAAGCUGAAAAACAAUAUGUAGAUAAUGCAUUAAAAAAUACUGAUAUGUUAUUAAAAUACUACAAAGCUCGUACUAAAUAUUUUACUUCUGAAGCUGUUCCUUUAAAAACAUUAUCUAAAGCAUCACUUGACAGAGAAUCCAAUUAUUUGAAAAUCGAAAAAUUCAGAGCAUACAGUCGAUUAGAAUUAAGAUUAAAAAAAAAUAUUAAUUUAGGAAAGGAAAGAAUUUCAUAUGUAUCAGGAGGUUUACACCACGUAUUUGAAGAAUUUAAAGAACUUAUAAAAGAUAAAGACUAUACCGGAAAAAAAAACCCUGAUAAUGCCCCUGAAGUUACCAAUGCAUUCGAACAAUAUAAAGAAUUGCUUCCAAAGGGAGUAACAGUUUCAACUCCAGCAGUCGCAGUUACAACGACACUAGCAGCUGACGCACCAGCAACACCAGAAGGAGCAGUACCAGGAGCAGUACCAGGAGCUGUACCAGGUGCAGUACCAGGAGCAGUACCAGGUGCAGUACCAGGAUCAGGAACCGAUACACGGGUAGCUGGAAGCAGUGUUGAUGAUAAUGAAGACGAUGAUAUAUAUCAAAUUGCAAGUGGUCAAUCCGAAGAUGCACCAGAAAAAGAUAUUCUUUCCGAAUUUACAAAUGAAAGUUUGUAUGUAUACACAAAAAGGUUGGGUAGUACAUAUAAAUCAUUAAAGAAACACAUGUUAAGAGAAUUUUCAACAAUUAAAGAAGACAUGACAAAUGGAUUAAAUAAUAAAUCACAAAAAAGAAAUGAUUUCCUUGAAGUAUUAAGCCAUGAAUUAGAUUUAUUCAAAGAUUUAAGUACCAACAAAUAUGUUAUUAGAAAUCCAUAUCAAUUAUUAGAUAAUGAUAAAAAAGACAAACAAAUAGUAAACUUAAAAUAUGCUACUAAAGGUAUAAAUGAAGAUAUAGAAACAACUACUGACGGAAUUAAAUUCUUUAACAAAAUGGUUGAAUUAUACAACACUCAAUUAGCUGCAGUAAAGGAACAAAUUGCUACCAUAGAAGCUGAAACUAACGAUACCAAUAAAGAAGAAAAAAAGAAAUAUAUUCCAAUCCUUGAAGAUCUUAAAGGAUUAUAUGAAACCGUAAUAGGUCAAGCAGAAGAAUAUUCAGAAGAAUUACAAAAUAGACUUGAUAAUUAUAAAAAUGAAAAAGCUGAAUUUGAAAUAUUAACAAAAAAUUUAGAAAAAUACAUACAAAUUGACGAAAAACUUGACGAAUUUGUAGAACAUGCAGAAAAUAAUAAACACAUAGCCUCAAUAGCUUUAAACAACUUAAAUAAAUCUGGUUUAGUAGGAGAAGGUGAAUCAAAGAAAAUAUUAGCAAAAAUGCUUAACAUGGAUGGUAUGGAUUUAUUAGGUGUAGACCCUAAACAUGUAUGUGUUGAUACAAGAGAUAUUCCUAAAAAUGCUGGAUGUUUUAGAGAUGAUAAUGGUACUGAAGAAUGGAGAUGUUUAUUAGGUUACAAAAAAGGUGAAGGUAAUACAUGUGUAGAAAAUAAUAAUCCUACUUGUGAUAUCAACAAUGGUGGAUGUGAUCCAACUGCUAGUUGUCAAAAUGCGGAAAGUACGGAAAAUUCCAAAAAAAUUAUAUGUACAUGUAAAGAACCAACCCCUAAUGCAUAUUAUGAAGGUGUAUUCUGUAGUUCUUCCAGCUUUAUGGGAUUAUCAAUUUUAUUAAUUAUCACAUUAAUUGUAUUUAAUAUAUUUUAA